AUGGGCAUAGACGUAUCUCAUCUUGUACUUGUAACCCUUGGUGACACCAGUGAUCAAGUUGGCGACGAGGGACUUAACAGUACGGAGGGUAGCAACGUGCUUUCUGUCACCGUGGUGGACAGUAAGACGGAUUUGCUUGUCGUUGACCUUGGUGAAGGUAACAUCAGCGUGACGGAGGUUCUUGACAAGAGUACCACGGGGACCAGUAACGGUGACGAUUCUGGACUUGAUGUCGACAGUGACGCCCUCAGGGACUUCAAGGACUUGAUCGGUUUGAAUGAACUUCAUUUUUGUGCUGUUAUGGGUACGAUGUCAAUACUACGUCGCUCGCUUAACGCUUAA